AUGUCUAACGCUCUGAGGACGUCGGUGCGACGCUUCGCUACCACAGCCGCUCGUGCGGCAACUGCCGAGUCGGUCAAUGCUUAUGGGAUCCGUCUCUCCAAAGCUCAAGGGGUGGUCGACACUCUCACCGGAGCCAUCGGCAACACUCCUUUGAUAAGACUACAGAAGCUCUCCGCCGAAACCGGCUGCAACAUCCUUGGUAAAGCCGAGUUCCAAAACCCCGGCGGCAGUGUCAAGGACCGCGCGGCUUUAUAUGUUGUCAAAGAUGCAGAAGAGCGAGGUCUGCUGAAGCCUGGGGGCACCGUUGUCGAAGGGACUGCCGGCAACACUGGUAUUGGUCUGGCACACGUCUGCCGAGCAAGGGGGUACAAACUGGUCAUCUACAUGCCAAACACCCAGUCACAAGGCAAGAUCGACCUUCUGAGACUGCUGGGCGCCGAAGUAUAUCCUGUUCCAGCUGUCGCAUGGGAGAACCCAGAAAACUACAAUUGGCAAGCAAAACGACAUGCAGAGAGGCUGCUCAAGGAAGAUCCCGAACACGGUGCUGUAUGGACCAAUCAAUUCGACAAUACUGCUAAUCGUCUGGCACACAUUGUCACGACAGGGCCAGAAAUUUGGGCCCAGACCGACGGCAAGAUUGACGCAUUCACCUCUGCGACUGGAACUGGUGGCACCCUUGCUGGUGUGACUCGAUACCUCAAGGACGUCAGCAAUAAUUCCGUCAAAUGCUUUCUGGCAGAUCCUCCCGGUUCCGUUCUCUAUUCGUACAUCACUUCUGGUGGCCAGCUCAAAGAAAGAACGGGCAGCAGCAUCACUGAGGGCAUUGGCCAAGGUCGUGUGACGGACAACCUGAAGCAGGAAGUCAAUGAGCUUGACGGAGCGCUAAAUAUCUCCGACGAGAAGACUAUUGCCAUGGUAUACCGCUGCUUGGAUGAAGAAGGUCUAUAUCUUGGAGCCAGCAGCGCGCUGAACGUUGUCGCUGCGAAAGAGGUCGCGGAAAAGCUGGGACCCAAUCAUACGGUUGUGACUGUCUUGUGCGACGGGGCAUAUCGAUAUGCGGAUCGGCUCUUUAGCGACAAGUGGCUCAAAAGCAAGAAUCUGAGAGAAGCGAUACCCCAGCAUUUGCAGAAAUACGUGGUAUUGCCAUAG